AUGUUCCAUCAAGUCAGACUUCUUCCUGAAGAGCGACGAAUGUUCCGAUUUCUUUGGAAAGAUGACCAGCUUGACAAGUGGGUUGUCUUUGAGUGGAUGGUGCUGCCUUUCGGGGCUGCAUGCAGUCCCUGCUGUGCAGCAUUCGCCCUUCAGAAAGCUGCUAGGGACCGGGUCGAGCAGUAUCCACAGGUUCAGUAUACAGUAGAGAAAGAGACGUAUGUGGACAACCAGCUGGCCAGCCGAGAUAGCGAACAAGAAGCAACCGAACUUGUUCUUGGCACACGCAAAUGCCUACAAAAAGUAGGAUUUCAGAUGGUGAAAUAUGCAAGCAGUCACCCCAACACACUUCAAGGUCUUCCUGUGGAGGCAUGCUCAACUCGUCAGGUGCAGUCAUUGUCCCUGGGUCUACAAGAAGGCGAUCCGGAACCGGCUCUGGGAUUAUGUUGGGACUGGAAGAGUGAUGAGUUGCAUCACCCAGCGAAGGUUCCAGACAACCAGGUGCUUACUAAGCGCAUCGCUCUCAGGGUCCUUGCCAGUCAGUUCGAACCACUGGGGGAUAUUGCACCAUUCACUGCAAGAGCCAAGUUGUUGGUUCGUGACCUGUGGUUAGAAAAGUUGGAUUGGGAUGAGAGGGUGACAGACACCGGCUUGACCCAGAGGUGGGAGGAGUGGUGCACCGAGUUGGAACACAUCCCACAGAUGCGCCUGCCGCGGUGUUACACACCGCCAUCGGUUGACACAGCAACAGCAAAGAGGUCUCUGCAUAUAUUUUGUGAUGCGUCAGAGAAGCUGUACGGAGCAGUUGCCUACCUGCGUACAGUUUACAGCCAAGGGGAGGUCCAUUUGAGCUUUGUAUUGGCCAAAUGCCGGGUUGCACCAAAGCGCUUACUAUCCAUGCCACGUCUUGAGCUGAUGGCAGCUCUCCUCGGUGCCCAAAUUUGUCAAGUUGUCCUCGAAGCCCUGACAAUUGAGAUCCAGUACUCUGUGAUGUGGAGCGACUCCACCACAGUACUCAGCUGGAUUCAGUCAGAGUCAUGCCGUUUCAAGGUAUUUGUUGGAACCCGCAUAGCUGAGAUACAAACAUUGACUGAUGACAUUGAGUGGCGCUACGUCCGGAGUGAGGACAAUCCUGCUGAUGAUAUAACCCGUGGCUUACCGGUUUGCAAGCUGGGAGAAGGCUCAAGGUGGACUGAGGGCCCAAAGUGGCUUCUGGAUCCACAAGAGGAAUGGCAGAAAGACAGUGCAAGUGUCUUGGCCCAAACUCGUGUCAACUCAUCAGUAGGACAGAAUGAAAUAAGGAGUGUCUUCUGUGGACUCACAGUUCCUACUUCAGAGGUAGACGUUGAUUUCAAAGCCUUCCCAGUUGGGGAGAGUUGGUAA